AUGUUCUUUAACGUAUGGACUAUUGUGAUUUCGUCAGAUCUCCGUAUUGGAGGCGUCACAUCAUUGAUGUUCAUGACAGCACCGUUGGCGAUGGCUUUUCUCGUUUACCACACCUACCUUAUCUGGGCUGGCAUGACGACAAAUGAGAGCGCGAAGUGGUCCGAUUGGAAAGAGGAUGUCGCUGAUGCGGAGGCCUACGGAAACUCGCCUUUGCUGCGCGAAUAUCAGAACCCGCAAUCAUACUGGCCGGCAAGUAGUGACCAGGUGCUUGUAGUUACGGAAGGUGAGCCACCGAGAAUGGGCUUCGUGUUCUCACCCGAUUCCAAUGAGAUUAGGCAGCCCAAUGGCGGGGAGGCACCUAUUGAUCAUAAGUGGACAUUAGUACGCAGUAUGAGGGAGAUUGACAAUAUCUAUGAUCUUGGGUUUUGGGAUAAUCUACGCCACUCCUUUGGAUUACCUGCUCGGCGGAAGAUGUCCUAA